CCCCCAAUUUCUUUACCCUCUGUCUUUGUUUGGAAUUUAAGCGUCAUGCCCAGCGCAAACAUGGCCCCUGCUGUAGAAUGGAAUAGAGCUGCGCCCUAAAGGUGUGGUUUUGUUUUGGGGUUUUGUUUCUGUCUGCAUGUAUAUGUGUACUCUCUCUGUUUGUCAUGUUGUGCCUCUCUCCUCCAUGGAUUUCUAAUGUUUCCAGGGCUGAAUUAUUUAGAUAGGCUGCCAGCAGGGAGCUACAUGAUAGCACAGCCUUAAGAGUGAGGGGAGGGGGGACCUACAGCUGCAGAUCAGGUAAAAGGGUACCUCAUGUCUCACCUUUUCUCCUCUCCUCUCCAGUCCUCCCUUUUGACUGGGGGUGAGUGUAACUGGAGAGUUGAAACACAAUACCAGGGCCUAUUUUCCGCUUUUAUAGCUGUCUUUAUUGUCUUCACUGAUGCCUAACUCAAGUGAGCAGUCGCAUUUUGUUGGCGCUCUGGGCCAGCGGGGUCUUCAAUGGACUGAAGGCCAGAAGACGACUGCAAGUCGCUGUCACUACUGUGGCAACAUUGCAGGGCAUAGGAAUUCUUUGGCACUCGGCGGGGAAGACUGUGGAAUUUGUUUUCACUUAGGUCUUGGUGAGAAACAGGAUCCAGUCCUCCAGCCAUCGCUGUACAGGCCGAUCCAGCAGGACCGGCAUGUGCAGCAGCUACUGAGGAAGAACUCUAUGCCUGAUCUGAGCAACAGCAUCUACCUUAGGCAACUGAUGGCAGGCCGGGCCUCUGCACCACCUCAGGAUUAUUACCUGGCUGACACUACCUUAUCUGGUCAACCGCAUGAAGAGUCUGGGUUUUAUAGGGAUAACCAGCACAUGCUCACCAGAUCAGCCUUGCAUUAUGGGCCCAGUGCUGGGGGGGUGAGGACUAUCUGGGAUCAAGGACAGGCAAGGGCUACACCUUCCGUGCUUGCCUCUACGUCUACCACUAUGCCCCCUCCCCCUCCUCCUCCCCCGCCACCUCCUCCCCCUCCCGUUCAUGAGCUGAGCCGUUUGUACAGGGAAACUCUGGGAUCUAAGAUGAUCCCAGACGGCCAGCGUAUUGGUGGCAGCUCUCCCUCUCCCGCAUUCUACGGGGUUCAGCCCCAUCUUCCUAUUUAUGCUGCUGAGCCACCGUCUUUCUCUGAUCAUCAAGCUUAUAACAUAAUCAACAGCUUGUCACUGGACCCCUGCCAGCCAGCUGCCACCAGAUCUGUGGUGGACCCCGCUUCUCAGGGAAUGGACGGAGCUCUCCCCCGGGGUUAUGGAGCUGUGGCCUCCCAGAGGCUGCCUUAUGACCCAAACUAUGACCCCAGCUCAGCCAUGGUGGCUGCCACAGCUGGAAUGACAUCCAGCCUGCCAUCUCACCAUCCCAGUGCUGCAGACCCUAAGAAGAUGGUGGACCCUACCUUUUUGUCUUUCCUGCGAGCUGAAGGCUUGGCUGAGAGCACCAUCACUCUCCUGCUGCAACAUGGCUUUGAUUCCACUGCCACGCUGGGAAUGAUGGAGGACCAUGAUGUCCGCUCUGUGGCCCCAAACUUGGCCCAAGCCCGUGUUCUGUCCCGUGUGGUGCUUGGUUGCAAGGCAGGCGGAAUGGCAACACGUGCCCGAUCCAACAGCUUCACCCACCGCAGUGACCUCUACAUGCAGCCUCAGGGUUUGACCAUGGACCCCAGCCUGAUGCAGCAACCUCCCACCACCAUCCAGACUGUGUCCCCGAGGAUGGGAGAAUUUCUUGGGAGAAGACCCAGCAGCGCACCCUCCCAACACCUCCUGGAGACCACCACCUACCCAGGAGCACGACCCAUGGCAACUGGAGCAUUCCCAGUUAGCCCUGGAGGAUAUAGCAGUGGUAUGACUCAGGGAAGACCCCUCAACAUGUACAAUGCCCACACCGGUCUUGCCAUGUCUGCUCUUGGACAACAGCCUCCACCAGCUCCGGGCACCCCUGGAUUGGCGCCCAAAACCUUCUCUGGCUCCUAUUCCCCCAUGGAGCUGAUGAAGAGAGCCCCCAACCUUCCCCUAACAUCGCCAGUAGCAGCGCAAAGCCCUCUUCACAGCCCCCAACUUCUCCGGAAAGGGAUCAAUGCUGCUCCUGAAAACACAAUUGUUCCCGUAACUUCUUCCUCCACUCUCCAAGCGCAAUACCAAAACAACACCAAGAUGGUAGGACGUCGCACUGGUCCACCUGUCAUAGUCUCAACCAUGGCCCCCACACCUGACACAAGUAAUGUCAAACCUCACCUUACUAAUUUCUUCAAACCCUCUCUCCUCUGUCCUUGUUGCUGA